AUGAUGGACCAAUAUCGAGAACAAAAAUUUCCUCGUGACCAUCCCCAAUGGACUAAAUGUGUAAUUAAUUAUUUAUUGGAUGCUUUUAAACCUGAUACUUUUCAAUUAAUUAUUGUUUUGACUGAAAUGCUUGAAAGAAGUCCUAUAGCUUUACAUUCUAGUCUAUUGGAUAUGUUGCUGUUAUUAUUUAAUUAUGGAAAUUUAAAUAAUUGCCCUCCAGCUUAUUUUAAUUCUCAGAUUGUCAAAACAAUUUUUAAACACAUUCAUGGUUCAAGUUCUAGAGAAGCUUCGCGUAUUUUUAAAGUUAUAUUGGAACAAUGGAAUGCUAUUUCUGUUGAUAAAAUUUCCCAAAAUGAGAAAGAUUUUUUGGCUAAAAGAAAGCCAGAAUUUGAAAUUCGAUUUGAAAAACCCUUUUUACACGAAAUUAGUGUUGAUAAAUUGUCUUCUUUGGAUUCGUUUGGUAGUUCAAGACAAAAGAUCAGAAAAAAGCUUUUAACUUUAUUUUCAACUUUUGGACUCCCUAUUGGUGCAACUAGACAUCUUUCGCUUUUAUCAAAAUCCUUUACUGACAUUCAACAAGAUCAAUUAAUUAAUAUAAAUAUUGAAGAGAAAGAAGGGGGAAAUAUUCAAAAACAACAUCAGCAACAAUCAAAUUUAAAGCCAGAAUCAAAAGAUGAUUACUCAACAAAAACAAAUCAACAACCAAAUAUAGAUAGAAUGUCAAGUCCAAAAAGUUUUGGUGGUGGAGGACCAUCAUUAGGAGGAGGAGGAGGAGGUGGAAAUUUAUUACAACAAGACCACCAUUCUAGUGCAAAUAGUUGUGAAUUAAUAUCUUUACGAACAACAGACUCUUUCCCUAGAGUUUUUAAAGAAUUUGAUUUUCUUGAAGCUGAACAUGAUUCUGUGUCUGAAUCGGCUGAAAGUUGUUUUAAUUGGUUAUCUACAAUGAGAACUCCUAGGUCGGAAUGA